AUGGAACCCAGGCUGAAGCUGUCGAAGAACUCAGACAGGCCGGAGGUCGACGCUACCCUGUAUCGCAGCUUGGUGGGCAGUUUGCGGUACCUCGUGCACACACGUCUAGACCUCGCAUUCGCUGUCAGCUAUGUUAGCCAUUUUAUGGAAUCCCCGCGAGAUGAUCACUACGCAGCAGUGAAGCACAUUCUGCGCUACAUUGUGGGUACAUUGCAUUUUGGUUGUCAUUUCAAGAAUUUGGGGAAGAAGGAAUCGCCUCUGCUGGGAUUUUCGGACAGUGACUUUGCCGGAGACGUAGAUGAUCGGAAGAGCACCUCUGGAAUUGUGUUCUUCCUCGGAUCAAGUCCAAUCGCUUGGCAAACUCAGAAACAAAGAGUGGUUUCGCUUUCUUCCUGUGAAGCAGAAUACAUCGCUACCACUAGCGCGGCAUGUCUGGGUUUUUGGCUGGCACGGUUGCUGGCCGAAGUCCAGGGAAAUGAUCCAAGGGUGACUGUACUCAAGGUUGACAACAAAUCAGCGAUCUCUCUGUGCAAGAACCCGGUGUUUCAUGAUCGAAGCAAACAUAUAGACACCAAAUUUCACUACAUCAGGCAAUGCAUAGAAGAGAGACAGAUUGAAGUGGAGUUCAUCCCUUCGGACGAACAGGUUGCAGACAUCUUGACGAAGCCGCUGGGGCGUGUGAAGUUUUGUGACUUUCGCAGCAAAGCAGGCGUAGUUGAGAUCACUGGUUGA